AUGAAAGCUAAUCCCGAGAUAGCUGAAAAGGAGAGGGCUAGAUAUGUGGAAUGGGUGGACAAUGUAGUGCACUGUCAAAGUGGAAGAGAUCACACUUUACAUGGAUUCACGAUAUGCUUUGACCUGAAUUUCUCAUGUAAGUCUCAUAUUGAUCGAUGGAUUAAGUUUGCAUUGGCGAAACGAGUAAAAGUUCUCCAUCUAAAUUUCGAGCCUGUGUAUAAGGAGGACCUGAUUGAUGGUUGCUUGCCAUAUCCAUUAGGGCAUGAGACAAUUAUGGAUGCUGAUGUGGGGUGUUUACAACAGUCUUCAGAUCUAAGUAAAGUUGGCUUGAGCCCUUCCAUACCUUGGCAUGUUGGAUUUAGGUAUCUUGAAGAGCUCCACUUGAAACGAGUAAUUGUGGAUGGCAAACUCAUUGAGCAACUGCUCGCCAAUUCUCCGGUUCUAGAGCGAUUGACUUUGGACGACGCUCGUACUUUGAAUAGGCUUAGAGUUGCUGGCCAAUCAUUGAAGCUGAAGUACUUGUGCGUAGCAUGUUGUUUUGAUCUUGAAUGCAUUGAGAUUUGUGACAUGGAUCUUGUGUCCUUCACUUUCGUGGGACUGUAUAGUCUAUUGUCUAUGGACAAGCUCCCCCAGCUCCAUGAGGUGUCUUUGAGUGGAUGUAUAUCGAUCUUGCGUAAUGAUUUGCCUCAGCUUUCAAGUCUUCCGUGUUUGCAGAUUCUCGAACUUGAAUUUGAUUAUUCGCAUCCAGCUCACUUGGCUAUUCCUAGUGAAUUACCUAAAUUGACAAGUGUCAAGCAAUUGAAGCUAAGAGUUGGAGGAUCUGGAGAUAUAAGUUUACUUCCGUUGACUAUUGUGAUCGAGGCAUGCCCCUACUUGCGGAGUUUUGUUUUUGAGUUGACGAACCCAUGGUGGAAACCAAACGAGAAGGGAAGAAAAUUGGAAAGAGUUGUUGGCCCUGUCCAUCAAUACCUAAAGGAAGUUGAAUUUUGCAAUUAUUAUGGUCGACCUUGUGAUUACGAACUGGUGAAUUACCUUGUCGAGAAUGCCAUUGCUUUAGAGAAGUUAGUGGUGAAUCCUUGUGAUUUAGGUCUGGAGCCAUAUGAUAAAGGAUAUUUCUCAGGUAGGAUGAUUAAAGUGAAGGAACCUAGAGAACGUGCUAUGCAACAGCUCAAGGGAAAGUUACCUUCUAGAAUUGAGCUAGUGAUUACUUAA